UGAUGAGUGGUCAGGAAAAAAAAGAACCUCAUAUGUCUGAUAUGCUUACAAAUUUAUCUUGUUAAUACCACUGGUAAGUUUACAACAAAUGCAGGGGUGGAAUUUGUUGGAAAUAAACACAGAUUAAAUCUCAGUUGCAACAUUUUUUUUUAUCACUUACUUGCAUAUUAUAUGGUUUUAUUUUGAAGGACCACUUGACAAGUCGUGUGUUCUCUUCCGGGUGUCUCGCAGCUGCGGCCAAGCAAACAUGGGAUCCGGUGCAACUCCCGUGACGGAGUCUGAAGAAGACUUUAAAAUGUUUAAGUCUAAAGGAACUCCGGCGUCUCUACCGAAACACUCGUACUGGUUUGACUUUUGGGUGUUUGUGGUCUUUGACAUCGCGUUAUUCCUCGUCAUGUAUUUCAUAAUCCCAUAAAAAGUUUGCCCCCUGGACUCUGGAGCCUGAAGACAUGGAGUGCUGGUCUUGCCCUGCUGUCAGGAAUGCUAACCAAGCUUUGACUGAAUCUAACACCAUGUUAUCCGAUAUCACAUCUCACGUCUCACAGACGGAACAUGGAACUGCAAGUUUUAUAAACGUGGCAUCCUGCGUUGGUAUCAGAGAUUUGAACCGCAGGACUCUUUCCCACUGUGACCUGUUGCCAGUUGCUGUUGACUGUCUUUCUUCAUGGAUGGAUUCAUGUUAUUGUCAUGGGGAAGAGAUAUAAUUCUAAUAUUUGUAUCAUUAAAAAAUGGCAGUGGCGCUAUUAGGACUUGUAAAAUGUACUUGCUCUAAUAUCACUAUAAUGCUAUUUUAAGUAUUAUGAUUAUAAAUGUUACCCAGUUGAGCAGACUUGCCCAAUGUAUUUGAUUGAGUAGUUACUGCUAACAGAGUUAACUGUAACAUUUAGCAACUGUAUCACAUUCCAUUUUAAGUGUUUUAGUUUUAUAUCUUAAAAUUGUUUGAUCAAGUAGUAGGUCUUGGAAAGGAAAGAGAAUUCCCAUAUUUAAAAAUGUUUGUCUUGUUAUAUAAUAAGUUAUGUGAUGAUCCAGUGUGGGGUCAUAGAAACAUGAUUUUUCUUGCACACCAUGAAGAACAAUGUGUUGUUGUGGAGAAUGAUUCCAGCACACUAAAAUGCUGACAGUUUGCACAUGGAAAAUGCUGCAAAUAAAGUGUUUUGCCUACCUGCUAAAUGGUGACCACUUGAUUUUAGUUUGGCAAAUUUCUAUGAAUUUGAAUCAACUAAGUACAAUGUAUGCUUUGUUCCAUUUAUGUUAAAUGCAUCAUGUGCUAUAGUAAGUUUAUAAUUUGGUAAUUAACUUAAAAUGCAUUAAUCUACAAUUCACCUGAUAAAAGACUUUAAUAGACUUAGAUAUUUAUGAGCACCACCUGUGUUGCUGCUAGCUACAUAAAUUUGUUCAUUUUGCAUAUUAUCAGUUACCAGUGCUAUUUAUGAGAUUUUUAUGAGAAUAUAAAAAUAUAGUAUACAAAUGAAUAUACAAGAAUACUAAUGGUAAUAAAAAAUUACAUACAAAUAACUAAAUAAAAAAUAUAUAAAUUAACCCAAUAGAAAUAUAAAAUUAUGAUCUGAUUUGAAUUAUUAAAUUAUGAAUCUAUAACUGUCUAUAGAAAUUAAAAUAAAAAUAAAAUCUGUUUUCAGUGCCUUCUUAUUCUCUAGUCCUUUAAUUGUAGUGCCGUAUUGGAGCAGUUCUUGCAAAUAAAAAAUAACCUUCCUAUUUGUCAACAUCAUCCAAGCAAAUAAAAUGUCCUUUUAUUUCAGCUGAAUUGCGUGUCCAGUUUUUUACAUCCACCUAAAGCAUUUUAGUAUAUGUACAUUGAUAAAACAAAUGAGUGUUUCAUCUUCCACUCCACAGAAGGUACAAGAACAUUCAAUAUCAAUUCGAAAUCUCUCUAAAGGUUUUUUUUUUUUUUUUGCUGGAUAUAUUCGGUGCAUGAUUCUAUAAGAGACCUCUUUAACUUUAUUGUUAAGACAGAAUUUAUCUCCAACCAAAUAAAUUUUCUUCCAGUCAAUUUCCACAUAAAGCGAGGUCCAAAAGAAUUUUUGCUGAGGGUACAGUUACAUUUAAUAUGAGAUUCUCGAUGUAUUUAUUGGAACAGCUAUAUUUGGUAAUGUCAGUUUCUCCAGGGAAUAGAUUUACCCUCGCAUUGCUACAAUUCAUUCUUGAAGAACAAACGUUGUAUGCACGCCACGGAAUACUUUUAUUUUGAAAACAAAUUACACGUGUUUCCGCUUUGUGAUGCACAAAUAAAUGGCUUGUAACCCUAUGGUAGUUUGGUCGUGACUUUUAAAAGUGACUUUAUAUUGUCGCAAUGGUGGAAACAGCUGUCAGUUCCUAUCAGGUGGAAAACACAGAUGUGUUCCUACCAUUGUCGUCACUAAGGCUGCUGAUCCCUCCUCUGCGGCUGCUCUCUGCAGCGAUGUGGCAGGUGGCUCAGCAGAGACACGUUCUUGAUUAUGAAAAGCUGGAUGAGUUUGUAUCACUGGUGACGGCCACAGUUCCUGACCUGCUCAGUCCAAAGCAACGGGGCAAACUGCUUCUCCGACUGCGAUCGAAAAUUAUUCUUGAGCUGUGCAGAAAUGAGGAGACAGCCAACAUGUUGUGUAUACAGCCUCACCUAGAACGAAUCCGCCCACCAGGAUACACAGGGAGUGGAGACGCAGAGGUGGACGCAGAGGAAGCUAUUUUCGUGGAGCUCAUCCAAACUCUCCUGAAAGACCCUGCAGAGAGGCAGCAUUUUUACAAGGAGGUUUUUCCAACAGAGUAUGGUCUCAGCUAUGACACAGACAUGCAGCUCCUUGUGUGGGAGUUUCUUUCUAAACUGGAAAAACUCUUGCCAGUGCCAGACCUCGGUCAGACAGUUUCAUGGCUGACCUCUGCCCCCUCCGUACUGAAGGACUGCCUGCAAGCGCUUUCCAAUCCUGAUGACCUGAGGUCUCUCCUGCAGCACCACAGAUGCCUUGAACACCUUGGCUCACAAGGUACCACUGUGGAGAUGUCUACCCAGGUCUUCGCCUGCUCUGAGUGUCCGUUCUUCCACAUGCAGGAGUCCUACCUGCUGCAGCACAUUGAGCACAGUCACCCAGAACACCACAAGAAAUCCCAGAGGGCUGCAGAGACAGCCGAGGCCCCCAAGAAGAAGGUCCAGUGCCCCGAGUUCCCAAAGCCUUUCCCCAUCCACGACAGGCCUGACCCUCACACGUGCCAGGAAUGUGGUAAAACCUUCACACGUGCCUCAGACGUGACUCGUCACCAGCGGACUCACACUGGUGAGCGCCCGUACACCUGUGAGGAAUGUAAGAAGGGCUUCAAGAACUCCUGGGAUCUGACCAGACAUCAGCGCAUUCACACCGGAGAGCGGCCCUUCCUCUGCUCCCAGUGUGGCAAACGGUUCACACAGAUGGGUUUGCUCAAACUGCAUUUUGAACGAACAGCCUGUGGCCAGACGUGCAACCCUCCCCUGGACUUAACGACAGAAGUUGUAGUAGCAGAGGAGACGUCAGAAAAAGGCAGUGGUCAGUACAAAUGCCAGAAAUGUGGUGAUAGCUUCAGUAGCAUCCUGGAGCGGCUGAGGCACAGGCAAGGACAUGUGGUGAGGCGUCAGUACAAAUGCCCCCUUUGUGAGAAGAUCUACAGCCGAGCGUCAGAUUUAAAGAGACACCAGAUGAAACACACCGGCGAGCGGCCGUUUGCCUGUGAGUGUGGGAAGAGCUUCACCCAUGUGUGGCUUCUGAAUAAACACCAGCAGAUCCACACCAGGGAGCGUCCGUACCCCUGCGCAGAGUGUGGCAAAAGCUUCACACAGCUCCAGAUACUUAACAGGCACCUGCUGACUCACAACGGCCAGCGGCCUUUUCAGUGCUCCUACUGUGAGAAGAGCUUCACCCAGCUGGCCAGCCUCACACGCCACGAGAGGAUCCACACGGGUGAGAGGCCGUACCUCUGCACCACCUGUGACAAGACGUUCCUCACGCAUGGAGAGCUGAGCAGACAUCAGCGCAGCCACAGCAACUUCAGGCCGUUCAGCUGCUCGCAGUGCCCCAAGAGCUUCAAGACCAAGCGCGCUCAGAGCGAACACCUCAAUACACACACAGGUGAGCGUCCAUUUGCUUGCACGCGUUGCGGGAAGAGGUUCGCCAAGUCCACCUCACUCGUACGGCACAACCUGACUCACACAGGGGAGCGGCCGCACCAGUGCUCCCAGUGUGGAAAGACCUUCCUCACCUCCGGUGAGCUGCUCCUCCACAAACGGAUCCACACAGGCGAACGACCUUAUCCCUGCUCCUACUGCGAGAGGAGGUUCAGGUGCUCCUCCGACCUCAACAUGCACAUCAGGACACACACCGGGGAGAAGCCACACAGCUGUCUGUUCUGUAAGAAGAGCUUCUCAACAUCUACGAGACUCAAGAGACACAUGCGCACACACAUGGAGAAAGGCAUAGUUGUGGAAUCACUUAGUCUUUGAGCUGUCAGGGCUGAUGAUAUAUUUAUUUUAACAUGAUGAUUGUCUUUAUUAAAACUAGAAACUGCCUUUAAUCAACUGAAUAGUUUUUAAUUGUUUGUUUUGGUGAUGCUCUCUUAUAUAUGUUAUACAUUAAAAGAUACUUUUGUUCAAAGUAAUAAGUGCAUUCAACCUGCACAAGAUAAGAACCAAGCAUGUUCAGUGCCACAGUCCAGUACACAGGGUGACUUUUUAAGAAAAGCAGACCAUUUCUGGUGCUUGUAGAUGUCUGGUGUAAAAUGAAGGUCAGUGGUUCUCAGUGUUUUUGGCUUUUGAUCCUUUAAAAUUAAGCUAUGUCUGUUUGAGGCCCAUUGCUACUGGUUGCACUUGUAUGUGGGUUAUGAAAACAAAAUUAACCAAAAAGUGAUUGUGAUUGAAUAAUGCAUUUAUUCACUGAAAAAAGGCUAAAUUAGUCACUCCUGUUAAUCAUUUAAGGAACCUCAGAUUAAAUUUUCAACCUGAUAGGGAGGACCUCACUUCACAAUUAUUUGAAGUCAGUAAGUUUUAGUUUAUUUAAGGAAUACUCGACUUAAAAUCUAUUAGUGCAGUGUUAAAAAAACAAUAGGGGGAGAAGACAGAGAUGGCAGAUAACAUACAGAGAGGACAAUGGGAGUUUCAGAGAGAAACAGGGAAGAGGCCAAACUGUCCACAGAGGAACCAAAGGAAGUGAAGAUUCAUGGAGGUGAUGAGAGCAGAGAAGCUGAGCCAGCAAGUAAAGUCUUGGACAUUGCGGGGAUAUGUGGUUUAGAAAAGAAAUAUAUGGACAAAGUAAGGGAGCAGAAGUAAAAUGGAGGUAAUCAGAGAGAAAACUAGCAAAAGGUGGGAGAACAAGAUGCAAAAGGAAGGGGGGUUGCCAAGAUCUGUGAAAAAGGGAGAGAAGAACAGACAUUUUAAAGAUGGUGCAACUGAUCAACCUGUGGCAGUAGAGGAGGACUGCUCGGAUAUUCAAGGUGAAUUCUUCUUAUAUUUCUUGUUCAAUCUGAUUGUUAAUAGUCCAUACACUGAUUCAUUUAUUCAUCUGUAACGUUGUAAAUAAAUAAAUAAAUCAGCAGUAUCAUUA